GCAUGCAAUCAACCGAAUAGUGGGUAAUGAUCAACCAUGAUUGUUGUUAAAAACGAUCGAUGCCAAAAGUUCAAGUCUAAAAUUAUGGCUGCAAGUCAGCAGAGCCUUGCAGCUCUCUGCUCACUCUUGCAGCUACCAAUAGCUAGCGUUUUAAUGCAGAGCUAACUACUAAGUAGAGUAGUAACACUCGGUGAACAAGUUUUGCUACGGACUCUUCUGAAAAGGCUGCAAUAGCAUUCCAAGUAAGCAAAACUAGGCAUAACUCGAGAAUGAAGCAUUAUUUUGCAAAUCCACUAAUUAAAAUCCAAGUAUACAUGACUAGAAGCCUAUAGAAACUCUUACUUGCACUUGAUUCAUCCUUGAGCAGCUGUAGCGGUCUACACACACACACAGACACACAAACACACUACCGUAUACCUCGCUUGCGCAUGCGCACCGAGGCAUAAUUAUUGUUUCAAGCUGGGAGAUUAGUUGGUAACAGGGAUCAGGUGUCAUAUACGGCACCUCGCUAAUUAGAUUCAUAAACGUGUGAGUGGGAGUGGGCGGGACACAGGAAGCCAUGUGCUUGCUUUGGACACAGGAAGAUGAAAUGAUCUCAAUUUUCUAUUGCUAGUGAAACUGAAAGUUAGUGGCAUAAUUACUUCCUUUGUUCCGUAAUUUUCUUUGAAUUUGAAUUGUUUGUUCCGUAAUUUCUAAUUUAUUAAUUUAUUAAUUAAUUACUUCCUUUGUUCCGUAAUUUUCUUUGAAUUUGAAUUGUGUAAGUGUAAGUGUCUGUAUUGCAUAAGUUAUCAAGUAUUUAUGUAAUCAUAAGUGCAAUUAAUACCCUGUUUGUAUUUUGAAAGUGUAGUUUUUCAAACUUACAGGCACCUAUUUAUAGUACCAAGUGGGUCUUGCAUGUGUAAAGAUGUGUUGAUGUCAUUGUUUUGAAUCUUUGAUGCACGGCCAGGGAGGAUAAAAGCAGUGAUACCUGCUAUAGAUUUAGUUUUGCAUGCGAAUACAAAUGAUAUAUAUGCGUAGAUUUGCUUCAAAAUCAUAUUUAGCUAUGGCCAAUGAGAUCAUUCCCAUCUUGUGCUAUCUGCUACUAUGCACACUGACCGGAGGACAUUCUCAACCAAACUUUUUCAACAUCACCACGACUCAAGCUAUCGUGUCCACCCCAAGCACAGUGCAGCUCAUGUGUGUAGGUACCUCCAAUCCUGAUAUCCAGUCUGUAGUGUGGUAUGACUCUCAUGGCGACACACUCAACAGUACCUCAAUGCUGAGAGACACUGAUCACGAGAACGUGGUCCCUACUGUUAGAAUAGUGGCUACACUGGACGUGGAGAGGGUGGUGUGUGUCAAUGCAGUCUACAGAUGUGUGUUUGAGAAUGAGGUGACAUCAUUCUUUGCUGAUGUGGAAUGUCCGUCAAUACCUGAGGUGACCUUUGAGUCGAGCUCCUACACUGCGGGGGAGGGGGACGGGCUGCUCCACGUGUGUCUCUCUGUACGCAACACCACUAAUGGAACUAUUGUCACCAUCUCUGAGACAGACUCGACAGCUUCCAGACGAACAGACUUCUCCCUUGCCAGAGCCUUCAAUCUCACCAUCACUCCAGACCAGCUAGUCCUAGCCUCCAGUGAUGACAGCUGCCACUACCUGUGUGGUCGACAGUGCUUCAGCAUCCCCAUCACACAGGACUUGGUGUUUGAGUACCAACUAGAGUCUUUUAGUCUGGAACUGAGAGUUCGUGAUGUUCUGGCUCCGUUAACAUCAAACACAACUGUCUAUAUUCAAGAUGAUGAUGAGUUAGUGAUUGGCUUUGAGAGAGCUGUAUACACUUUUAGCGAGGGGGGUGGGGUGUGCACGCCACAAGUGAGACUGUGUGCCCAGGUCACCGGGAGCAUUCUCGGACUUCCACUGGAGGUGGUCCCAGUCUGGAGAGCAGGAACAGCCGUGGAGGGUGUUGACUACCAGCCCCCGCCCUGCAACUUCACCUUCUCCCCUGGUGGCUCUAUAGACUGCAUGGACCUUGACCUGAUCAAUGAUGACGUGGCUGAGCUCACAGAGACCCUUUCCGUGAUUGUUGGGGACGUGUUUGUUGAUGGGAGGAGGGUGGAUGUGGGGGGUAGAGUGAGGACGGACGUCAGGGAAACACUAAUACAGAUCACCGACAAUGAUGUGUUUGAGGUAUCAUUUGAAGAGACUGAGUACACUAUCCAUGAGGCUGGUCCAGGGGAGAGUCACACUGCCCUGAGGGUGUGUCUGGUACAACGGGAGGGGGGUGCUCUGUCAGCUGAUAUGGGCGAGGAUGGGGACUCCCUAAUGGUUGACAUCACCAUCAGCACUUUAGAUGGAACUGCGACAGGUGGACAUGACUAUGUUAGUGUGAACUCCACCCUUUCUGUCCGUCUACCCCUCUCUGAGAGUGUGUGCGAGUGUGUCGUGGUCCGCAAUGAUCAAGUAGUGGAGGCUACAGAGACAUUCACGAUGCAGCUGGCUACCUCCCACCCCUUUGUCAAUACUGGGGGUAGAGUCGCUACAGUCAUGCUCAGAGACAACAGUCCAUCUGCUGUGAGCGUUGGCUUUGAGCACUCCCAGUAUAGUGUAAGAGAGGAAGACGUUAGUUUGGAGGUGUGUGUGACGGUGGUGGGAGAGUACCAGAGGAGCAUUCAUGCUCUACUCUGCUCAGAAUCAGGCAAUGCCACAGGGAACGUGGACUUUGUUGAGAUUCUAAACCAACGCUUAUCAUUCUCUGCUAACCCAUUAUCACCGCCCCUCUCUGAUGGUCGGAUCUGUCUCAAUGUCACUGUGCUACCAGACACUCUGUUGGAAGCUGACGAGGUAUUUACACUGAGUCUGCAGUCGUCUGACACAGCAGUUCACCUGACGCCCUCGACAACUACCAUCGUCAUCCUCAACGAUCAAGGCACUCUCCCCACGCUCACGUUCACCAACAACACUCCAUCAGUGGUGGAUAAUGAGGUUCAUGCUGAUUUCAUCCUCACCCAACGUGAGCAGCUCUCCUCGGUGACUUGCUCUCUUUCUGGCCCCGGCAGAACACCCACCAUCACUCUGGACUGUUCGUCAGGUCAUGUGACAUACACAGAUCUCCCUAUCCGUCGACAGCAGUUUACGCUGACUGUAAAUGCCCACCUCCUCUCAGACCCUAGGCUCCACCCACUGAACCUCGCCACUGUAACCCUCAGAUUAGACCACAGUGUUUGCUGGCUGCAUCCUAUCAAUGGAGGGGUGGUUAUUGUGGGAGAGAACAGGGUCACCUUUGAGUGGCAAGCAACUGGACCGUCUUCUAGUGAGAGAGUGAUCGCGUUUCUAUGCAGGAGAGAUCGAGAUCAGACCGAGAGACCUUGCAACUCUCCAUACAUUUGGCAGAACCCAUCUCCUGGCAACCAUCUGCUAUUUGUGACACCUGUCUUCACUACAGGCUGUAGGAGACACAUCACAAGAGAGUUUAAUUUUACUUACACUGGCUAGAGGCACUUACGUACCUGAUGCAAUAUCAAGUUUUGAACAAUAUUUUAUGUUGUGAUCUAAAGGUAUUUUUAUUAUUAGUGCAAGUACGUAAUACUUCAUAAUAAUUAUGAACGAACUA